GGCCAGACGCGAUGUUGCGGUGGGCGCGCGCGCUGCGCUCCCGCAGCGGCCGGCGGAGCCCCCCGGGGCCGGCAGCGGGGGCAGCCCCGGACAGACCCCUCCGGACCGCCGCCCCGCUCGCCUCCGACUUCUUCCGCGAGCUCGGGCCAUAUUUGAAGCACAUGGCUCAGACUCUGAAGGAGCAGCUGCCGACGCUGGGGGGGAUGGGGGGAGGCUGGACCCCCCCGGGAAGCCCCUCCGGCUCACACCCCCCCGAAGAAGCCGACGUGGUGGUGGUGGGGGGCGGCGUGGUGGGCUGGUCCGUGGCGUACUGGCUGAAGGCUCUGGAGCGCCGGCGCUACGGCAUGAAGGUGCUGGUGGUGGAGCGGGACCCCACGUAUUCCCAGGCCUCCACGGUGCUGUCGGUGGGGGGCAUCCGGCAGCAGUUCUCCCUGCCCGAGAACAUCCGCAUGUCCCGUUUCUCUGCCGCCUUCCUGCGCAACAUCAACGAGCACCUUGGGGUGCUGAACGAGCCCCCCAUCGACAUCCAGUUCCAGCCCUCGGGGUACCUUUUCCUCGCCUCUCCACAGAACGCUGCUGUGCUGGAGGCCACAGUCCAGCUCCAGAGGGAGGAAGGGGCGCAGGUUGCCCUGUUGUCUCCCACCCAGCUGAAGGAAAAGUUCCCCUGGAUGGACACGGAGGACGUGGCUGUGGGGUCCUAUGGUCUGGAGGAUGAAGGCUGGUUCGACCCCUGGACCCUCCUCAAUGCUUUCAAGCGCAAAGCCAUGUCCCUGGGGGUCUGCAGCUGCACUGGGGAGGUAAAAGGCUUCGUCACCUCGGCUGAGGACACGGCCCCACGGCAGGGAACGGCAGGCACGGCUCGCAUCAAAUACGUCCAUGUGCACAUGCAGGACAGCCUGGAGUACCAGCCGGUCACCUGCGCCAUCGUGAUCAACACGGCCGGCGCCUGGGCUGGGAAGCUGCUGGAGGCAAAGGGGCUGCCCAGGUGGCUGUGCCAGCCCCCCCUGCCCAUCCAGCCCAGGAAAAGGUACGUGUACACCUGGCACUGUCCCCACGGCCCUGGCUUUUCCUCCCCUUUCUUCGUCGACACCACUGGCGCCUAUUUUCGCCCCGACGGCAGCGCCGGCAACUACCUGGGCAGCAUGAGCCCCUCUGAGGAGGAGGAGCCAGACCCCAGCGAUCUCUCUGUGGAUCACGAGUUUUUCCAGGAGCAGAUCUGGCCUCGGCUGGCUCGGCGCGUCCCCGCCUUCGAAUCCCUCCGUGUCCGGAGCUCCUGGGCGGGUUAUUACGACUACAACUCCUUCGACCGUAACGCUGUGCUGGGCCGUCACCCCAGACUCGAAAACAUGUUCCUAGCCGCGGGAUUUAGCGGGCACGGCUUGCAGCACUCCCCUGCUGCCGGCAGAGCUGUGGCUGAGCUGGUGGUAAAAGGAGGUUACCAGAGCCUGGACCUGAGCCGCUUGGGAUGGGGGAGGUUGGUGGAAGGAGAACCGCUGCAGGAGGCUGGGGUGGUGUGAUGGAGAUGGGGAGGGGGGGGAGGUGAGGUACAGCAGUGGGGAACCCCCCUCCCCAGGGCUGGAGGGUGAGGGAGGGAGCGGUGGUGUGUCCUGCUGGAAUAAAAACAACAG